GUGAACAGAGGCUUGUGUGUUCAUGUCGGAGAUUUGAGGACUGACGGGGAUUUCUGGUUCCACACGGUUCGGGUUUUAACGAGGAUUAGAGCGCGCACACAACUCCAAAAUAGCGCGCGCCGGGGCCGGCCGGAUGAGGAGGGCGGUGUUACGUUCAGGUGCACAGGCUGCAGCCUGUUGCUCCGUGUUCCUCCGCUCUGCUCUGGACUUCCCUCUUCUAUUACACAUUGAGGACACGAGGAGCCAGUGUGCAAAGGCCGAGGACCAGGACUGAAAGCGAGAUGGAGCCGCUCCAUUUACAUUAGGGCUGCACGAUGGCUCCAGAAACAGCACCCACGUUCCUGAUGGAGACCUCCUUCUUCCAACACGCCCGUCCCGGGGCGCCCUGACCCGACCAUCAUCUCCACACCUGGCACAGGUGCAGAGGACGGACAGCAUGGCCGUGGCCUGCAGGAAGGCGAGGCUGCUCUGGGGGACCACGAUGCUCGUCUGCGUCCUGGCGGGCGUGUCCUGGAACCUCGGGCGGGACGACAGCGACCCCCCGAAGGUUCGAAUCCCGUCCAAGAGGUUUUGGCACCAACAGGCGCCGAGCAAAUCCUUCUGGAACAGGGAGCAGCAGCGCCUGGACCUGGUCCACAACCCCAUCAUCAACUCUCGGCCCAGUGACUCUCCCGUCGAGCUGCCCGAUUGGCUGAACGACACCGGGCCGGUCGACCCCUGCGAACCGGACUACAGAGUCCCCACGCAGGUCUCGGACUACAACACCCUGCCGCCCCGCUUCCGGGAUUUCCUCCUGCACAUGCGCUGCAGGACGUACCCCAUGCUGAUGGACCAGCCGCGCGUUUGCGACCAGAAACCCUUCCUGCUGCUGGCGGUCAAGUCCCUGAUCCCGCACUUCGACCGGCGGCAGGCGAUCCGGGAAACGUGGGGCCGCGCCGGCACCUUAGCCAAUCGCACCGUGGCAACCGUGUUCCUGCUCGGCAACGCGUCGCCGGUGGACCACUUCCCCGACCUGCUGGGGAUGCUGGGCCACGAGGCAGAGCUGCACAAAGACCUCCUCCUGUGGGACUACAGGGACACCUUCUUCAACCUCACCCUGAAGGAAGUCCUCUUCCUGGAGUGGUUCAGCCAAAACUGUCCCCGCGCUCGGUUCGUCCUCAAGGGGGACGACGACGUCUUCGUCAACACCUUCCGGAUUAUUGAGCUCCUGGAAGGCCUGUCCGAUAUCAAGGCCAAGGAUCUGUUCGUAGGGGACGUUAUCAGGGACGCCGGUCCGCAGCGAGACGGGAAACUCAAGUACUUUGUCCCAGAGAGUGUCUUUGUGGGGCAGUACCCGGCGUAUGCGGGAGGCGGGGGGUAUCUGUACUCGGGGGUGUUGGCGCUACGCCUUCGCAACGUGUCCCGGCAGGUGGCGCUGUACCCCAUUGACGAUGUCUACACGGGGAUGUGUUUGAACAAGCUGGGCCUGGUUCCCGAGAGUCACAGCGGGUUUAAGACGUUUGACAUCGAGGAGAAGUUCAGGGACAACCCGUGCGUCUACAGGAACCUGAUGCUGGUCCACAGUCGCACGCCUCAGGACGUGGUGAAGAUCUGGACCUGGAUUACACAUCCGGAGCUGGACUGCCAGUGAACACCUUUGUUUUUUGCACUGAGUUUGAUUGUGAGUGUGAGACAGACUAUAGACAGGAAUCAAAACGGAGAAUUAGGUGUGUAGGUGCUACUGAAGUGGAGAUUUCUGGCUCAGAGUCUGAGAACAGAACCCUUUAAAGAUAUGGAUUGUCAAAAAAAAAAAAAAUGAAUAA